AUGACGGCGGCACUGGAGGAACACAGAGUCCCCAGGCCGGCUGAGGAGGUCCUGGUAAUGCUGCGGCCGGGCGGAGAGGGCCACGUCCCAGAGCGCCAGGGCACCUCCGUGCAGGACUGGGCAGCUGGCCACAAGCCCCCUCCCCCACCGACUGAGCUGGAUACGCCUGUCUGGGGCAAGAGUCCAUGGAGCUGGGCCACCGAACAGCAAGUGAGGCCCAGCUGCAGCGACUUCUCCCUUCGUCUCCUUCGUUCUCCCCCUGCCUCUGUGUCUGCUUCCUGCCCACCCCCUCCUUCCUUCAUCUGCCCGUCUGCAGGUACCGUCAACCUGACCAGCGCCCCUCCGCAGGAUGCGGGGGGCCGGCAGGAUGCCGAGCCCUGGAGAACCUCCUGCAGCUCCUUGGACGUCUCCAAGUUCAAGCACCAGGCCCCGAGCAGCGCAGGCAGCACCCUGGGGCAGGGCCACCUGGAGGAGAUCCGGCCCCCACCCCCGACCCCCGUCAGCAUGGGUUCUCCCGGGAAGAAGGGGGGUUUCAGACCCUCCUCGAGAGAGAGCAAGGGCUCCUUGCGAGAAGAGGCGCGGCGGCAGGAAGACCCCAGCGCCAAGUCCCAGGACCAGAGCGGCCCGCCCGCACCCCCACAGGGCAGCGUCAUUCCCGACAACAUUCGCCACAAGUUCGGGAGCACGGUGGUGAAGGAGCUGGUCUCUGAGGAGCAGGCUCAGAGGGCCAUCGGCGAAGUCGCGGAGGGCCAGAGGAGGGCGAGCUCGUGGCCCAGCAGGACCCAGAGCCCCGUGGAAAUCUCCUCCAUCUUCUCGGACUACUACGAUCUGGGCUACAACAUGCGCUCCAACCUGUUCCAAGGGGCCCCCCAGGAGACUAAGAGCCUCAUGAAGGCUUCCUACACGCCGGAGGUGAUCGAGAGAUCAGUGAGGGACUUGGAACACUGGCACGGCCGGAAGACGGACGACCUGGGGCGGUGGCACCAGAAGAACGCGAUGAACAUGCACUUGCAGAAGGCGCUGGAAGCGAAGUACGGAGAAAAGAGCAAGUCCAAGGGCGCCAAGUACUAGGUGCGCCGCGGCAGAGGCGGCCCGGCGGGCGGGAGACAGUGCAAUAAAGAGAGGCACGCGUC